AAAAAAAAAAAAAAAAUCAAAGCCCUGUCGUCUAUAUCACACCAGGCUGGGCUCCGUUUCGAGAAAGCAUCGCCGCGUAUAAUUUUCCUCCUGCAGGAGAAAGCGGAGAACUGGGAAAAUAGAGGAGAGCAGGCGCGGCGGAAAAUCCUGAGGGAGUGAGAAAGUGAAAUAAGAGAUUUAGCUGGACGAUCGGAGGGACAGGUUGGAGAAACGAGAAGUAGCACAAGUGGAGUGAAGGCGUAACAUUUUUAGACGUCUCUUUUUUUCUUUUCCUGAAGAUUUUUCAUUUGUUGACCAAAAAAAAAAAAAGAAGGGACGCGACGGGUGUGACGCCAUGACAACCGAAAUGCAGGAAAUCGCCAUCACGGAGGAGAAGCCUUUACUCACUGGCCAGGCUGAUGCUGCCAAGGAGGCUGAACUGGCCGCUAGGAUACUGUUGGACCAAGGGCAGGAGCACAAUAUCGAAACCCCCCACGGCGUGCUGCAUGUGACCCUCCACGGCACAGGAAACACCCGCCGGCCAGCUAUUCUCACCUUCCAUGACGUGGGCUUGGACAGCAAGAGCUGCUUCUCCACCCUGUUCAAGUUCGAGGAGAUGCAGGAGAUCGUGAAGAACUUCACCUUGGUCCACAUUGACGCUCCUGGCCAAGAGGAAGGGGCUGCUGCAUAUCUCACAGGUUACCAGUAUCCGUCCAUGGAGACCAUUGCAGAGAUGAUCCCUGCAGUCCUGCAGUUCUUCAAUUUCCGUACUGUAAUCGGAGUGGGCGUAGGAGCGGGGGCGUACAUCCUCUCCAAGUUCACACUGGCUAACCCAGACUCGGUGGAGGGUCUGGUUCUGAUCAACAUCGACACCAAUGCCAGAGGAUGGAUCGACUGGGCUGCUCAAAAGCUAAGUUCAGUGACGUCCUCACUUACAGAACAGAUCCUGAGUCAUCUUUUCAGCCAGGAGGAGCUGUCAGCAAACACAGAGCUCCUGCAGUCUCACAGAGAGCGCAUCGCCAAAGCCUCUAAUCUGGUUAACAUAGAGCUCUUCUGGAAGACUUACAACAGUCGCAGAGAUUUGAACAUUGACCGCAGCAGCACCUUCAAGUGUCCUGUGAUGUUGGUAGUGGGAGAUCAGGCUCCCUAUGAGGAGGCAGCGGUGGAGUGCAACAGCAAACUGGACCCUACAACAACCUCAUUCCUGAAGAUGGCAGAUGCUGGCGGUCUCCCUCAGUUGACCCAGCCCGCUAAACUGACUGAAGCUUUCAAGUAUUUCAUCCAGGGCAUGGGCUACAUGGCUUCGUCUUGCAUGACCCGCCUGUCCCGCUCUCGCACCACCUCCCUCUCCUCCUCCUACUCCAUGGAUGGGUCCCGCUCUCGCUCUCGCACCCUGUCGCAGGGCUCGCAGGGCGGCCAGAUGCCCCCCAGCCCCUCCCAAACCAUGGAGGUGUCCUGCUGAACAGACAGAGAGAGCAAGAGAAAGAAAGAAAGAGAGAGAGAGCGGGGGGAGAGAGAGAGUGAGAUGAGACGAGGGAGGAAGGAUGGAGGAUGACAUUAACACAGAUGAAAUGAGGCGGACAGAUUAGUUAUUUGUCAUUAAACAACUCCCAUCAUUCCCCAUCCGAGCAGAGCGAGGGAGAGUGAGAGGUUAGGGGAUUAUGUAGAGAAUGAGAGAAAAGUAGAUUGGGAAACUACCGAUCUCUGGCGUUUUGCACCACAUCUAAGCCCCACCCAUCUUCUCACAUCCCCCUUUAAGAUAAAGCAGAGUGGAUGAAACUGUGCUCCAGUAAGGGAAAGAAACAAAGACUUUAGAGAGGGUAAAAAAAGAGUCCAGUGGAAGGGGGAAUUAAGGAAAGUGUGGUGACCAGUCCUCUCUCCCUCCCUGCAUUGAAGCCUUUGUUAGCCAAUAGAGCCCUUUAAACUAGAUAAGGGGUGGGGCCUGUAAAAAGCACACCCCUUGCGUUAACCAAUAGUAAUAAUUCUGAUAACGGUGUUGUUGUUGAAGGUGAUAAUGAUGAUUAUACUGAGGCGUAAUGACAAAUAAUGUAAUAGAAAAUAACAUUUUUUUCUCUUUAUUACGCAAUGAUUUGAAUUGACCUAGUUUAAAAAAAAACAACUCUAUAGCAUAUAUACUUAUAAAAAUGUGUGUCCGUCAAACUACUUUUAAUCUAGUUUUGUGGGGGUUUUGUUUUGUUUUGGGUUUUUUUCUACUUUUUUUGUUGAAUCUUAUUUUCAUUUUUGUAACCUGCCAUAGCAAGCGGCUGAAGCUAAUGAUUGGCUGAUUGUUUACGUGGUAACGGCCAAUAGCAGCCCCUAUAAUGGCUACUUCCUCUUUGCUGUUGCCGAGUUGUUUCUGUCUUCCAUUAGGCCUGUCUAAGUGACUAUUUUCCCGUGUGGAUUGGGUUGGGUGGGUAGUAGGUUUUGUUUGCUGAAAUUGCAUGCCUGGUAUCAGAAUAAUGAGUGGGUGUUUUUUUUCUUUUAUAUUUUGCUUAUUUCUGCGGUUCUGUGUGUGUGUGUGUGUGUGUGUGUGUGUGUGUGUGUGUGUGUGUGUGUGUGUGUGUGUGUGUGUGUGUGUGGUUGUUUUGUGAGGGCGAUGGCUCAAGGGAGGUAGCGCAGGUGACACUGUGGAUGUUGAGGACUGUUUAGUGUAUCUUAGCUAGCUAACACCCUAAAAAUAACACGAGUCAAACACUAAUUAGUGCUUCCAACACGACUGGCAGGCCCAUACAAUGCAUGUCGAGAUAGCCACACUUCUAUGCUAACAGCUAGGAAACUGUGCUAAGUAGUUUGCUAGAAUGGAUAUUGCGGCAUAGUUCCAGGCAAAGCCAGAGGGAUCGCUGUGUUCAUUGUCUCGGGUGUAAUGCUGCCCUCAAGUGCUCGGUGUAAAAACCGGGAAGUCAUACAUGUGCUUCUUUUUGUUGGAAAUUAUGAUGAAAUUAAACUUGUACGAAUGAUAGUUUUAUGGCGGCUGGUGGUUCGUGUUAUAAAUCAAGCACCACACAUCUGCAGCAGCAGACAGAAUGAUUACAGAAAUACAAAUAAAUAAAAGAAAUGAGGUUUCGGCACCACAAACUAUGAUUAUCAAGCAUGUCAUCGAUGUUGUACUUUGUUUGUCAUCCCAAAGUUGUUGUGUACUUAAAGUAAGCCUACAUAACCUGCCCCAUCAAUUAUUGGAAUUGCCUCCAAUGCUAAUUGCCAGUUUUAUUUCCUCAAGACAUUCCUUUCGUUCCGCCGAGUUGUCAUGUCGUUGCGAUUUCGGGUUUUCUUCCAAGUUUUGACUUUCAACAGUGUUGGCUCAUUUGUGCGCACCCGACCUGAAACCAUGAUAUUUGCGACUGCGCUUGAAGGCAGCAUAAACCUUGCCCUUGUGCAGUUGCCUCCUUCCACCUUACUAGCACACCGGGGUUGAUCUAUAAGGCGAAGUAAAAUGAGCACACACGCCUCUCCAGCAACAAGUGGUGUUUUCAAGGAAUCAAGAAAAUGGAUAAAGAAAAUUGUGUUGCCUGUAGCUGUCCACGGGUGUGUGUGUCUGGAUAUGUCUGUGGCGGUAUGAGUGAUGUGUCUGAAAGCUCUUUUAAUCCCAUAAGCACAACUGAUGGAAGGAGAAACGCAAGGGUCCCCGAAUACAUUUUUCUUAACACACACACAGACACACACGUUUGAGACCUACAUAACCCCCUGUGACCUUGUUAUGAACCAGCCCCCUCACUGCCACCCUUCUCCGAAAUAAAAGUAUGCAAAUGAUGAUGCUGGGUUAACACUAUCAGGUAUGGCCUGAGUGACAAAAAGCUAACAUUUUGUACCUUUUAUUUCAGAAAGUGAAAAGGGAAACAGCCGAUGUCUGCAUCGACUCUUUAGAUCUGGAACUGCAGCCUCUUAACAUUGUUUACUGCCAAAAACCCAAGAGCCUGAACUUUUCUUCGCGGUGCACUAAACAAGAGAGGGUGUUUUUGCCCAUUACGGUUUUGAGAUUAGGAAUGCUGUGAUCUGAGAUGUGUGACAUCAAGUCAGCUAAUAUUAGCUUUGUCAUCAAGGUAGAUUCCACUGAAUCAUCAGCAUGAGGGUGAUUGUGGUAGCUAAUUAUCUCUGAGCUUAACACUGCCCUGUACCUCAUGUAACCAAUGGACUCAUUGGACUUUUACUCACACCAUCAUCAUAUUUUAUGAUCAUACCCAUAAAGACUCGAUCAGGAUAUCCUUGGCAUAUGGAUGUCUAAGACUGGCACACAUAUGCACGCGUUUUUGUUUUUUAUUUGCACCCUUGCAUCCAGUUCUUACGAUGGAAUCUUGCUUUUUCUAGAAAAAGGUAUUACUUGCUGUGUCAUUUUCCUGAAUCGGUCGGAGGUAGCACAUUUCCUCACAAAACUGUAGAGCUCUUUCCCCCUAACCUCUUUCAAGUAGCCGAGAUAGUGUGCCGGUGUUGACGAUAGCAUUGGAAAGUCAGUGGAGAGCCUCCAACUUUAAACGUACUAGUACGUGGAUCAUAAUUAAGAUGGUGGUGACAAUGGUAUUUAUGUUACCGAUGGGUUUUUUUUUUUAACAUCUAGUGUUUUCAGUGGCCUAGCUACAUGGAAAUGUAUGCACUUGGGUCGUCGUAGGUUGACCAGAGGGGAAAAAGGGCAGAGCGUACAUAUGAAGGUCAGACUCCUCUGAGUCUUGGGUGGAGAAUAAAAAAAAAAAGGCAUGGGAACCUCAACCAAAUAGGGGAUCAUGGGUGGAACCGAUACAGUUUUUUGCCAAAUAAUGGAAAAAGAGCGGUACUUCUUCGUUGAUAGUGGAACGGGGCUGAGUGAAUGUACACGCUUGUCCAUUUUGUCCUUUGUUUAUCUCUUUGUAAUUUUUUCCACCAGUCAUGUUCGCUUUUCCUUGUUUUUUUUAAAAAUUUAUUAUCUUUGUGAAGUGUUAGUUUACUGUCCCAGUGUGCUCACAAGUUAGUCAACAGUGUUAGUUCUUGUGUAACUUUUUUAGCAUUAGCUCUAAUAAAGGAGAAUAAUAUAA